AGAGUAGGUUCCUUCUUUGUUGGGCGGUUGAUAGUUUGCAAUUACAAAUUCAACAAUGCAACCUAACCGUGUUGAAUAAUUUGUACACCUUCAACCCUCUAUAAAACAUUGUCAUUUAUCCAAAAAUCUCCCUCAUUCCUCUUUUCUUAAUGUUAUUCAACUGCUCCCUUCUCUGACCCAUUCUCUGGCAAUUUCACCAUGCACCUCAGCCGUCUUUGUUUCUUGUUACCAGCUGAUGCUGACGAUAUCGAAGCCUACACCCCCUCCAAAGAACCCCCGAAGAAACAUUCUCAGCGCAGUUGUGGAGGUCAAUUUUUUGGUUUCAUUGGUGAUACAUUGCGCCGUGUGUAUGAGGCAAACUGGGUCAGCUUUUGUUACCCUGCUGUGCCGAAAAACCAGCAUUCUGGAGUGUUUCAUGACCUGGAGGGAGUGCAGAUAUCUGAGAAAGUUGGGGGAGACAAUCCCAGGAUUUUUAGCUAUGCUGAACUGUAUAUAGGCUCUAAUGGAUUUAAUGAAGAUGAAGUUCUUGGAAGUGGAGGUUUUGGCAAAGUGUAUAGAGCGGUUUUACCUAGCGAUGGAACGGUUGUUGCUGUGAAAUGUUUGGCGGAGAAAGGAGAGCGGUUUGAGAAGACUUUUGCGGCGGAGUUGGUUGCAGUUGCUCAUCUUCGCCACAGGAAUCUUGUCCGGUUAAGAGGCUGGUGUGUACAUGAAGACCAGUUGCUUCUUGUUUAUGACUACAUGCCUAACCGCAGUCUUGACAGAGUACUUUUCCGGCGGCCCGAAAAACCGGAGGCAGCGCCUUUGAAUUGGGAGCGUAGGAAGAAAAUCAUUGGUGGGUUAGCAGCUGCAUUAUAUUACCUUCAUGAGCAGCUUGAGACUCAGAUCAUUCACCGCGAUGUGAAGACGAGUAAUGUGAUGCUUGAUUCUCAUUAUAAUGCCAGGCUUGGCGACUUUGGCUUGGCUCGGUGGCUUGAACAUGAACUCGCGUACCAAACCAGGACGCCAUCAAUGAAAAACCACCAAUUCAACUUGGCAGAAACCACUAGGAUUGGAGGCACAAUUGGGUACUUACCUCCGGAGAGUUUCCAGAAAGGAAAUGUUGCUACAGCGAAAUCUGAUGUUUUCAGCUUUGGAAUUGUGGUGCUUGAGGUGGUUUCGGGGAGGCGGGCGGUGGAUCUCACAUAUUCAGAUGAUCAGAUCAUUCUUCUUGAUUGGAUCCGGAGGCUAUCGGACAACGAUAAGCUUUUAAAAGCUGGGGAUAAUCGGCUGAAAGAUGGAUCUUACAAGCUUUCUGAGAUGGAGGGUUUCAUUCAUCUGGGGCUUCUCUGCACACUGCAUAAUCCACACUUGCGGCCAAGCAUGAAAUGGGUUGUUGAAGCACUUUCUGGCAAUCAUAAUGUAGCCAAUUUACCAGCUCUCCCAUCGUUUCAGUCACACCCUCUUUACAUUUCUUUGUCUUCUCCAGGCAACACAACAACUACUGCUUCCACCAAUUCAACACGGUCCAACACCACAGUUACAUCCACUUCAUCAAACUAUAUCACUGCACAAGGAGAAACUAUAUAUGCAACUGCUGAAUUUGAAAGCAGUGAUUCUAAGCCACAGGUUAACAGAAGUCAGCGGCGAAGUACUUUCUUCAUGGUUGAAACUCCAAGGGAAAUAUCUUUCAAAGAAAUCAUUUCUGCCACAAACAACUUCUCAGAUUCUCAGAGGGUCGCAGAGUUGGACUUUGGAACUGCCUACCAUGGUAUUCUCGAGAAUCGGCAUCAUGUCCUGGUGAAGAGGCUUGGCAUGAAUAAAUGCCCUGCAUUGCGGGCACGAUUUGCUGAUGAGCUACAAAAUUUAGGGAGGCUCCGGCACCGCAAUCUGGUUCAGCUGUGUGGUUGGUGCACUGAGCAAGGGGAGAUGCUUGUUGUAUAUGAUUACUUAGCAAAUCGUCUUCUUAGUCACCUCCUCUUCCCUCAUAAUCAUAAAAUUGGGAAUUCUCUUUUGCGAUGGCAUCAAAGAUACAACAUUGUCAAGUCACUUGCUUCUGCCAUUCUUUAUCUCCACAAGGAAUGGGAUGAACAAGUUAUUCACAGAAACAUUACCUCCUCUGCCAUUAUUCUUGAUCCAGACAUGAACCCACGGCUCAGUUCCUUUGCCCUGGCGGAAUUCUUAACCCACAAUGACCAUGGUCAUCAUCACCAAGCUACUAAAGGAAACAGAACUGUUCGUGGGAUUUUUGGUUACAUGUCACCGGAGUAUAUAGAAUCUGGUGAAGCAACCACAGCAGCGGAUGUUUAUAGUUUUGGUGUGGUUCUGCUUGAGGUGGUUAGUGGACAGAUGGCAGUUGACUUCAGGCGACCAGAGGUGCUACUUAUAAAAAGAGUUCGUGAAUUUGAGGCACAGAAAAGACCAUUGGAAGAUUUAGUUGAUUCAAGGUUGAAUGGAGAGUAUAAUCAUAAAGAGCUAAUGAGACUCACAAAAUUAGGAAUUGUAUGCACGCUCUCCAACCCAGAAUUAAGACCAAGCAUAAGGCAGAUAGUGAGCAUAAUUGAUGGAAAUGACAAGUGCUUCAUGGAAGAAGAGAGAAAGAAAGAAAGUAUGGAAGAAUGGAAACAAAGAAAUGCUUCAUCUUUCUCAUUGAUAAAGAGAAUACAAGCUCUGGGAAUACAGUGAAGUUCAUGUAAUGUUAGCUGAGAGGCAGAGAUUAUGAUUGCUAGAAUUUUGUUUUUGGAAGUAUUUUCUCCUUUUUAUUUUCUAACUUGUGUAUACUAAGGUGUAUGAUGUGUAUAAUUAGAAAUCAGCUUGUCUUAGUAGUAUACAUCUUCAUGACAGUAGAGUUUCUAUUUAACAAA